CGGACAUUCACCCUCUCUCACAUCCACAUCCAUCAUUCGCGCACCGUUAGGCGUUUGGUAUCAUACACCUCUGCUUCCUCUGCCAUGAUUUAGUUGGUUAUUCGCAUUCUUUUUUGGAUCAAGUUGUCCGGUAGCAGCCUUGACCAUUCAGCAUGGUUGCCCGCGAGUACCGCGAUGAUGACGAGGAAAACCAAGCCGCUGACAUCCCUACCCUCACCGACGACGAGCGCGAAGACGAUGCUGUAAGUCGAGACCUCCAUGUACGGUCUGCCUCCGAGUCCUCCGCAUCUGCGCUGCCCCUACCCAUCUGGCUCCGAGAGUCCGCGGCCACUUUCAAGUACAAAUGGGUGCCGUUGCCUGUGCGCAAGGCCUCACGGGCAGUGGUGACAUGGGUCAAAGGGCCGGUCCCUCCGCGAGUCUUGAAGAUUGAGCCUAUAUUCCCUAAAAUACAACAAGCGCCUCUUAGAUUGUUGGAUAGAUAUGCCCCAAACAGAAAACAGCGUCUGAUCCUGCUGGUCGGGCUGUAUGCAUGCUGGUUUCUGACAUGGUCUCUCAUGCUCAAACAACACUCCACCUCUGGGUUCAUCAAAGGAUACGGGAAACCGCAGAAUCUAUGGUGUGGUGCCAGUUUCUGGAACGAAGGCAACGGCUGUGGGCUUAAUGGGAACCAAUGCCGACCCUUCUCCUCUGCGCAUCUCACCUUCCGCUGUCCUGCCAAUUGCAAAGGCACACACUUGCUGGAAGAACAUAUUGUUGGAAAUCAGUCACUCCGAUAUCAAGGCCUGGUCGUUGGAGGCCCGGAUCCCGAGAAUCCCGAGUCGAUGCCAAUAUAUCGAGCCGACAGCUUCAUUUGCCAGGCUGCCAUACAUGCGGGCAUUACUACAGACGCGAACGGAGGCUGCGGUGUAGCGACGCUUGUUGGCUCCCACACGAACUUCCCAUCGAUCAAGGCCAAUGGAAUUGAAAGCACCGCUUUCCCGGGCACGUUUCCACGAUCCUUCACCUUUCAGCGACUAUCGCCUUCCCAGGCCAAAUGUCCUACGGAUUCACGCUGGCCUCUCUUCGUAGUCACCGCUGUCGCGCUCGUCUUGCUAUCUAUCUUCACGACUUCUCCAGCUGUAUUCUUCUUCAGCACCUUCGUCAUUAUGUUCCUCCACGUCGGACUGGUGUCUGAUCCACCCAACACAGCCAACUUUUACGAAUCCGUCAGCAAACUCCUGGAACGAUUCCUCCCCGCGACAUUCAUCUCGUUCAUUCUUUACCGAUACUGCGCCGUGCCCUUGUUGCGCGACCUUACCGCACAAGUCGAGAAAACCGUUCUGUACCUCGGCUUCUGCUUCAUUGGCGCUCUGAACAACUACACCUUCGCACCUCUUAUCCCAAUAGAACGCCUGACACCACAUGAUCUCGCGCAACCCGGCGCACCAUUUGCUCUUGCCAUCAUCAUUACCCUCAUCUUGGUUAUCGUUAUCUCCCAAAUACACUUCAUCCGCAUUUCGGGCAACAUGCCAAAAUACCUUGCCAUCUACGCAGGAAUGGGCCUUGCACUGAUCAUCCUGCUCGUCCUACCAGGCCUGAGGCUCCGCAUUCAUCACUACAUCCUCGCCCUGCUGUUCAUGCCUGGCACCGGGUUUCAAACUCGACCUGGCCUAGUAUAUCAAGGUCUCCUACUAGGCUUGUUUAUAAAUGGUAUCGCACGUUGGGGCUUUGCAAGUAUCAUUCAAACACCCGCUGCGCUGGGUGAGUCGGGCCCAGGAUCUCACGGUGGCGGAUCGUGGUGGGGUGCAACGUCACCGAAUGUCACUGCUGUCGUGGGUCUCGAGGCCAGGAACAUCACGUUCAACUGGGGACCGUUGCCGAAAGACAUGGACGUUGAUGGCGUGAGUAUUCUGAUCAACGAUGUCGAGCGCUGGCGCGGGUACACGGACGAAGAAUUAUACUGGGAUCAGGAGGAAGUUACCCUCAAACGGCGGAAGAGAGACGACGACGGCGAGCCCGAGUUCUUUCGGUUUGCGUGGAUGAAGGGCAGUGCUACCGGGACGUAUAGCCGUGUGGGCAUAUGGGAUGCGGAUGGGGUUUGGCAUGAUCCGCCAGUCAAGGGGGAGAAGUGAACGAUGCUUGUGUCCGCCUUCGCAUUGUUUUCGACAUAUGAAUCACGAAACUCUUAGAUGUGUGGCUAACCGAUCGUUCUGGCUAGAAGCUUCCGAAGUCAAGGGUAGAACCGUUCUUUCCAGAUCUCGUGGUGAUUGCCAACACAUUUUUUU